UACAAAUGUCAAAACAAGUGCUACAGUUAGCGUAAAAUGAACUGAAACAAUUUGAAAAGAUGGUGUUUCUUUAAAGAUAAGAGAGACUGACAUAAUAUUCCAGAAAUGCCGAAAAGCUUUAUUUACACUGUGAGAGAUUACAGAGAAGGGAAUUAUAACGGAGGGGACGGAUACGACAAAAAUGUAAUGACCACCCGAUCUGGUUUAUCCAUAAAGAAAAUAACUUCAGACACAAAACCUAGCUCGAACUCAGCACCUCAGGCGCCGCAAAAAGAAGACCGUGCAGGAACGAAAAAGCACCACCGGAAACACAGAUCAUUGAACUAUAUGUCAUUUGUCACAAGAUUUCACCUAUGUCGGAAGGUUCCCGGCCUUGAGCUCCCGGGCAUAAAUCACAGAGAAUCACUUUACCACACAGAGAUAUGUUCAUUUUCUGAAACAAUAGAAUUCGAGGAGGAUUAUGAUGAUGACGAUGAUGGUGAUGGCACUGACGAAGAAGAGACCGGUUUAGAUGACUUUAUCUUAACAAUGGCUGAAAACAUGAACAACAACAAAAGUUUAAACGUGUCAGAUAUAUUAGAAAAGAAAGAAGAAUGGCUGAUAACCCGGAAAGACGCAGGUUUGGAUUCUAACACAGGUGACAGUUGUCCUCUUUCGAAGUAUUUUGCGAAUAAUCGACUAUCGGAAACAGUUGAUAAUUAUAGUUCCAUUAGAAAUGAUGUCAAUGACAAAAAAGGUAGGUAUGAAAAGCGGACCAGACUCGAUGGUGCAGAAGCACUGUAUUACACAGCCGGAAGCGACGAUAUCAAUAGUGAUAUUGACAGUGAGGAUACCUCAUCCUCUAUUUGUAGUGAUACUAUUUACGACAUUGAUAACGCCCCUUUACUGCAGGUGUCUCAAGAUGGCGCAGGUCUGGCGUCGCAGACGAAAAUUUUGAAAUUACGCGACGCUCAACUGAAGAUUCAGUUCGUUGAUGAUGCAAAUGGGCAAAAGGUCAUAAAAUGCGGAGAGUGUGAAAAAUGUUUUACAUUAAUGUCUGCAUAUAUGACGCACUUGAGAUCUCAUAUGAAAGCAAAGAGCACGUGCUUCUUGUGCGGCAAGGUUUUCAGUAGGUCAUGGCUUCUGAAAGGUCAUCUUCGCACACACACCGGGGAGAAGCCGUUUUCUUGUGAUCAGAAAGGUUGUAACAAGAGUUUUGCAGACAAAUCUAAUCUACGCUCCCAUAUGAUGAUUCACAACGUGACAAAAAAAGACCACAGGUGUGAAAAGUGUGGCCGCACGUUCGCACAGAAACGAUACCUUCAUAAACACAUGCAAGAAGUUUGCCGCGUGUUUUCGUAAUUCCUCAUCGCGCCAAAUGGUAUACAUCGUUUAACGUGCACAAAACUCCUUGGAUUUCAGAAAACGACUGCAUAUAGUUUACGCGUUUAUUGAUAGGCUAAAGAAAUAUUGAUGAAAAGGAACUAGAAAAUUACUCAGCCAACAUUUUUCAACAAGUCAUAACAAGAAUCGUUUACUAGCUACGUAAAAUUCUAUGUUCCACAAUUCCUAGAUAUUUUAACUGGACAAAAUAUCUGAUUUAGUUUAUUUUAUUUCAAUAUGUUAUGGCAACGUAGUGCAGGUGAUACUAAGUGUAUUUUUUGGGCAUUUAUAACAUUUGCUGACGUCAUUUGAAAGAAGCCUAAUAUGCAGCCAACAUGUGAUUAUCAAGUUUUGAUCAUUUACACAUGUCAUAUGUAUAAUUCUGUAUGGAACUUAAACCUGAAAUCAACAACAUGGAAUUCUCCUUAAGCUUCUGUCUCGUUUGUGUGUGUGUGUGUGUG